AUGUGCGCCGAUCUAUCUAUCUAUCUAUCUAUCUAUCUAUCUAUCUAUCUAUUUGUCAGUUCGUUAUCUAUCUAUCUAUCUAUCUAUCUAUCUAUCUAUCUAUCUAUCAGUUCGUUAUCUAUCUCUCUAUUAGUUCGUUAUCUAUCUGUCAGUUCAUUAUCUAUCUAUCUAUCUAUCUAUCUAUCUAUCUAUCUAUCUAUCUAUCUAUUUGUCAGUUCAUUAUCUAUCUAUCUAUCUAUCUAUCUAUUUGUCAGUUCAUUAUCUAUCUAUCUAUCUAUCUAUUUGUCAGUUCAUUAUCUAUCCAUCUAUCUAUCUAUCUAUCUAUCUAUCUAUCUAUCAGUUCAUUAUCUAUCUAUCUAUCUAUCUAUCUAUCUAUCUAUCUAUCUAUCUAUCUAUCUAUCGCAGUCUGUUCGUGUCUAUCUAUUUACGAGAACUUGUUGUAAAGUCGCUCCGUCUGUCCACUUCUCUCAAGUUUGUACGUUCGCUUACCAUGCACUAUUGAUUCCACGCUGCAUCCAUCUAUCUAUCUAUCUAUCUAUCUAUCUAUCUAUCUAUCUAUCUAUCUAUCUAUCUAUCUCAGUCUGUUCGCAUCUAAGUCUGUUAGUCUGUUCGCUAUCUAUCUAUCUGUUAUCUAUCUAUCUAUCUAUCUCAUCUGUCUAUCUAAGUCUGUUAGUAUCUAUCUAUCUAUCUAUCUAUCUCAGUCUUUUCGCAUGUAAGUCUGUUAGUAUCUAUCUAUCUAUCUAUCUAUCUAUCUAUCUAUCUAUCUAUCUAUCUAUCUAUCUAUCUAUCUAUUUCAGUCUUUUGAUCGUAUGUAUGUAUGUAUGUAUGUAUGUAUGUAUGUAUGUAUGUAUGUAUGUAUCUAUCUAUCUAUCUAUCUAUCUAUCUAUCUAUCUAUUUCAGUCUGUUAGUAUCUAUCUAUUUCAUUCCUUCCUAUGUAUAUAUGUAUCUCUCUCUCUAUCUACCUCAGUCACUUGUUAUCUAUCUAUCUAUCUAUCUAUCUAUCUAUCUAUCUAUCUAUCUAUCUAUCUAUCUCAGUUUUUCGUUUCUCUCUACCUAUCUAUCAAUCAAUCUAUCUAG